GAGAGAGAAAGCAAGAGGUUGGUGGUGGACGAUGAUCCAAAGAAUGGAAGAGCAUGCGCGCGUGGGAGUAGUACCUUAUUCGUCGUAGAGCUCCCGCCAAGGCUUUCUGUUAACUACGAACUGCCGAUGGAAAAGGUUCCUUGCUAUGUGUCAAAAUUUUUCACGUGAACCAAUGAUUCCAUCAUUUUCUUACGGAAGUUAAUUAAAUAUGUGAAGAUUUUUUUCGAAUUUUCAAUAAUCUCUAUCGAUCUUCUAUCAAUAAUCUCUAAUAUAUCCAUUUUAUCUCUUUACGAAUAUUAUAAUAAUUCAUAUUAUAUAAAGAUAAUUUCUUUGAAGACUCGUUAUGAUAUAAUGUGUUAUUUGUGAUGUGAAAGAAGAUUCGAAAGAUGGAUUGCGUGCUUCUUGAUUGUUAAAAGUGAGAGGGAUCAAAGAGGAUAUGACGAAGACGUGAUAAAUGAACAAAAUCAAAGAAGAAAAAUAAAUGGUGGACAGGUUGAGAUCGAUAUAAUCAUCAUUGGAUGUGACUAAGAUCGUGAAUGAAUAUCGUAACCACGUGGUUAAUUUCAAUUUUAGCAACUAUUUUAGCAACGAGAAAAGAAAAAUUUUUCAGUUUGCAGUAAAAAGAGAAAGAAGAAAUAGACGAAAAAGAAAAAGACGUUUCACGAUCGUUAUAGGAUAAAAAUACACGAGAGUUUGUAUGGGCGUAUUUAUAGGAGGGACAGCUGUGAUAAAAAAUUAAAUAGUUUCAAUUAACAAUGAAGAUUAGAAAUUACGUCGAGAUAUCGUAAAGAUAUCUUUCUCUUUCAGGGAAGAAAGUAAAAAUAAAAAAAGGUAAAGAGGGAGAAAAGUGGCCGUAAUAGAAAAGUUAAAAUUGCAAAUCCUAGGAGUUUCAUCGUCCUAGGUAAAAUUACAGAAGAGGGAAACCUUAAUAAAGAAUCCAAUAAGUUCAAUUACUACUUGGAUUAUAAAUUACGAGAAAAGAGGAGAACGGUGUUCCGAGGUCAGCUCUUCUCUCUUUUCUUUUCUUUUCUUUUUUUUUUUUUUUUGUUUUUUCUUUUUCUUCUCUUUGAAAGACAAUCGGUCCGCGCGAAAGCGUCGUAGAUUUUUCUCCGGACAAAUGUCAAGUGAACGAUGAACCACUCGAGGGUGCAGGUGCGCAAGUGGGCCGCCACUUCGGUAGGUGAAUCGUGCUCCAGGUGCGGAAAGUGUCUGACUAAAAUGCAGCUGAUACUACUGGCGGUGCUACUCUACUCCUCACCGACGACAGGACAGGAUCCAAAAAUAGUGAGAUUGGACGUGCCAACGAUUGCGGAUCCAAGAUGGGAAGAAGUCACCUUGCAAUGCGAGUACGAUCUAGGUGGUAAAGAUCUUUAUUCGGUGAAAUGGUUCAAGGAUGAAGUUGAAUUCUUCAGAUUUAUGCCAAGCUCUACUCCAGUUAGCGAAUAUUUUCCCGUCGAAGGCAUAGUCGUGGAUAUUGCUCAAAGUAAUGGACGACAAGUUAAGUUACUGGGACAAUCGAACAAUCGCGGAGAAAGAAUAAAUCUUGCCGGAUCUUAUGGAUGCGAGGUGUCUUCGGAGGCUCCAAGUUUUCGUAUGACAUAUGCCGAGGCAAAUAUGAGCGUCGCAGUGCUACCGACAAAACCGCCUGUUCUUGACGGAUUUCGACCUUAUUACGAGAUCGGUGAGGUUCUUGAAGUAGCGUGCACAUCUGCAUUGAGUUAUCCAUUAGCAGUGCUAACCUUUAUUCUCAAUGGCAAGGAGGUAGACAGAGCGAAAACGACGUAUUUACCAAUUACUGGAUAUAACGAAGAGAUGCUGAUAUCAGUCUCACGAUUGAGUUUCUCUUUGCGUUUGGAACGGCAACACUUUCCUGGAGGAACUCUUCACUUGGUCUGUCAAUCUUCCUUACCAGACAUACCGAACGUACGAGCCUUCAAGACAGAAAAAACUGCUACGUUAGCGGCGAGUAAUCAAAGACUUGCUCAAGAAGCUCCGAAGUCGGCUUCGAGUACAAUUCUCGUCCCUUCGCUCACAAUGCUAUUGUGCUUCCUCCGAAUUAGUUGGAAUUAGCUUGAUUGGUCGAUCGAUCGAUUGUACUUGGUACUUUGAGUUUUAAGAUUGAAAGAUCUAUCGAAACAUUCCCUGAUCGAUCAUUUUUGAUCGAUUCUUGUCUCUACCGUGAUAACUUCUCUCGUUUGUGUCUAAUAUCGUGCUAAUCAAAAUCGAAUUCACGAUGCUUCUUGUUCUUAGUAAUCGUCGCGAAUAUAAUAAUAUUCUCUAUUAAAAAUUAGUGAAUCAAAUGAAAAUGUGUUUUAUUUUUAAGGUCGUACGUUUUAUUGAUUCUUUAUACAAAAAUAUGCUAUCGGGGAAAUAAUAAUAAUAAUAAUAAUAAUAAUAAUAAUAAUAAUAAUAAUAAUAAUAAUAAUAAUGAUGAUAAUAAUUAUAAAAACAAAAAACAAGAAAUCCAAUUACGGAGAAACGUCAAAAUUAUUCGAACCAUUGAAAAUAACUUACGAAAUAAUCAUUAUUUUGUAAUAUUUAUUUAUUCGUUCUGAUAUAAUCUGAGGCUAAUUAUUUGUAUACACGAAUACACAAUACGGCGAUAAUUCGUUAAUCACGGACCAAGCAAUACGAGAUUCAGGAAUAUUCAUUCAAUGUGCCAAAGGCAUAAAUUAAAUCAAAUUUUUGAUGUUUCUCUAUACUACCUUAUGCCGUGAAAGCAAAUCGUAAUAAAUGCUAUUCUAAUUUGACUGCCAA